AUGUUGGAGGUAGAUUAUAACUCGGAGCUUAAAAACGCAAUGAGCUCCUCGGAACGGCUGGUCGGAGACCUCGACAUAAAACGACUGAUUUGGGUUCCAGACAAGUUUGCAGAACCAAAGCUUCGUACGCGCGAUCCGGAGGCACGCAUAUAUCCAGUGAGCUGGAAGAUUGUGGUCCAAGUAACUACGGCAAUAUUCGGUAGACCGAUUUUCACCAAUGAAAAGAUUAAAUCACUUGAAGCUGGGUGUCUGUUUGUCGCUCUUUGCCUUCGUCGUGCUGGAAUAGAGGACCCGACUGAGGGUUUUGGAUAUAAAUGGCGGAGUGAGAUACUUGGCUGCGAAAUAGCAGACAAGGAGAACAGUGAUCACCGGCCCAUCCGCGCCGAUGAGUACCUGGGCUUCGCCUGGGUAUGCUUCCUAUCGGGCUUGGCUGACUAUAGGGCCGAGGAGCCAGUUCCCCAGCUCAAGGAAAUCCCAGAAAAAACCUGGUUAAAAAUGGUAGAGGGUCUGCAACCAGGUGUCGCAGAAGAAGUUGUAAAAAAGGCCCAGAAACUGUGUAUUGAGACAGCAAAGAAUUUGAGGAACGACGCUUUCGAAAAGUUCACCAAACACCGCGACAAUUUGCUGGCUAGGGGCAUUGAAAUGCCCUGGAAAAGACGCGCUGGGCCGCAUUGGUAA